AAAGCCAAACAUAGUGAAGAACCGCAUGCAUAUAGUAUCAACCAAGCUUACCGAGAAGGUGAUGUUAGUAGAUGUAAAAAAAUUACGAAGAUUGGAGCAAGAACCACCCUUAUGCCUACACAGUGA